UGACCGUACAUCAACAGAGAAAAACUAUAACAAACACACAUAUAAACUUAUCACUCAAACAACUAUAGUACUAACGUGGCCUACUAUGGCCAGGAAAAAGAAAUACAAGCUAUGGCCAAAGAGUUUGGUGUAUCGCUCUUAG